AUGAGCAGUACAAUGACAUCACCGAAUACGUCUAUACCCAUCACAAAGAUGGUUAAUGAUUUAUUCUUACAAUGGCUUUCAUUACCCGAUACACGUACUACUCUAUCUUCUGCAUUAAAUAGUGUUCGAACAAAUAGUAAAAUGCCAGAACCUAUCGUUUACUCAAAAAUUUAUACAAAUCGUAUUGGAGGAUUUUCCAAAUCACAACAUUUUGAUUCACCACCCGUUUCGCCUGUACCACGAACAACUUCAAGUCCACGUUAUACUUCAUCUAAUAAUUUUUCAAUAGGUGAUACGACUCCUGGUAUAAGUAAUAAUAAUAAUAAUGAUGCCCCAAAACAACGUUCGUCGAAGAAGAUAUAUACAGAUAAUAUCACUCCUACUACUGACCAACAACCAGUAACAACAGAGAAAUUUUCAACUCCACAAUUAACAAAACCUGAUAUAGUUCCAACAUCUGCUACAUCAUCAACAUAUGUCAGUCCAAACCGAGUUUUACCUUCAACUACAACUACAACUACAACUACACCAUCAAAACCAUCCCAACAAACACCAGUUUUACAACCACCAUCAAAUGCUAUUCGUGAUCAAUCUCCAAAAACAAAUAAUAUAUCAUAUGAAGGAUUUGAUAAUAAUAAACCUUCACCAAAUGCUAAUACAACAAAAACAACUGUAUCAUCUAAUGAACAAAUUUCACGACCAAUGCCAACACCUUCAUUUGUUCCACAAACAACACCAACAGUUAUUAAACAAGAACAAAAACAAAAAGUAGCUGAAAAUAUUCCGAAAUUUUAUUUUCCUAAUGGAAAACUAACAGCAACAUCAACAAAUGAGACAAUAUUAGUCAAACAAUUACGACAAGUUAAAGAAGAAUUAUUUUUACCAAAACAUGAUAAAUUACAUCUAGAAGAUUUUGGAAAACUUGCUCAAUUAACCGGCUUAAGUCUAUAUUGGAAAGCACCAUUAUUUCGUGCAUGUGUACACGAUUGUUUAGGUCCAAAAGUAACUAUAACACCUAGUACAACUAUAAACUAUUCACAAUAUGAAUCAUUUUGGACAAAAGUAUGUAAAAAUAAUCAUGACAAUGCAUUAAAAUUUAUUUAUGUACUUAUUCAUUCAUUAUCAUCAACGUCAUAUCCAAUGAAUCGUCAAUAUUUAACGCUUGAUGAUUGGGAUUAUCUUGUACAAGAUAUAAUAGAUACACAUCCUGGUUUGAAAUUUCUUCGCGAAGCAAAAGAAUUUCAUUCAAGAUAUAUUAAAACAGUUGUUGCAAGAGUUUAUUAUAAUUGUAAUCGAUCAUGGACAAUGAAAUUGACUGUACAAGAAUUAAGACGUUCAAAUUUUUUACAGACUUUUGAUCGACUUGAACAAGAAGAUGAUAUUAAUCGUAUACAUGAUUAUUUUUCAUAUGAACAUUUUUAUGUUAUUUAUUGUAAAUUUUGGGAAUUAGAUGCUGAUCAUGAUUUAUAUAUUAGUCGUGAUGAUUUAGCUAAACAUUGUAAUGGCGCCAUUUCUAAUAAAAUGAUUGAUCGAAUAUUUUCUGGUGCUGUAUCAAGUAGUUCAAAUAUGAAAGAAGGAAAAAUGUCUUAUUCUGAAUUCGUAUGGUUUCUUAUUUCUGAAGAAGAUAAACGUUCACCAACAAGUAUUGAAUACUGGUUCCGUUGUAUGGAUAUCGAUGGUGAUGGUAUUUUAUCGAUGUUUGAAUUAGAUUAUUUCUAUCAAGAACAAGUACAUAAAAUGGAAAUCUAUGGUAUUGAAUAUAUGCCAUUUGAAGAUUGUAUAUGUCAAAUGCUUGAUUUAGUUAAACCAGAAGAAGCAAAUAAGAUACGUUUAAAAGAUUUAAAACGUUGUAAAUUAACAAAUGUUUUUUUUGAUACAUUCUUCAAUCUUGAAAAAUAUUUGAAUAAUGAACAAAAAGAUCCGUUUUCAAAUUUGAAAGAUCCAGAUUCACCUGAAUUAUCUGAUUGGGUUAAAUAUGCUGAAGGUGAAUAUGAUAAUUUAACACAUGAAGAUGGUGGCAAUGAUAAUCUUGAUGAUGGAAAUUAUGAUGAAGAUUUUGAAGAUGAAGAUCAUGAAGUUGAAGAAGUAACAAGUAAAAGAUUAGCUAACAACGCUGUUUCACCUCCACAACGACUUGGUGGUUCAGAAUUAAAUAAUAAAAUCGAUGAUUUAGAAGAUGAACUUAAACGUUGGAAAGAUUAA